UGUGUGCUUAUGCUUAACUGCUACUGCUUAUGCGUUUUUAUGCAGAUGUCGUGACUGGGCUUCCGUAUUCGUCGCCAUCUCAGCGACGAGAUCGAAAUUGAGCAACAUUUACUAUAGUCCUUAGACAGCAGUUCUGAAGGCUGCCUCUAGUGGCCCAGCCUGUUGCGUGUGUGCGUAUCAUCCGCAUACGCGCGUACUCUACUGCGCCAUCCGCUGAUUCUCCUCUAGGUGAAAACCAUCCGGACAUAUCUAUCGCCCCCGGGAGCCCAGGUCCCGAGAGUUGCAGGUAACCUCACCUUUGUAGCGCCCUCAACUACACACGCAUAACGUAUACCCUGCAGAGAUUAACUAGUGCGUAAAAAAGUUUACAAAACAUACACCCAGUGGUGUGCCUGCGAUCUCUGCAUACUCUGCAGGAGGAGAGAGGAGCGGUGUGUCGCGGCUCUCGCGGCGCAGCGCAGUUUAAUCCUUCUCCGAGUUAAAUUCAUCGACGAUCCGAUUGAGGUUUCGUUGUUAUUGUCCACCUGUCAAUUGAAACAUGGCUUACUGAAGAAAAUGAAGUCUCUGCAGCAAAAUUACGUUUCUCCGUUUGGAGGGGAUAGCCUCAUAAACGACAGCGCCUUCGUCGAGGAGCGCGGCCUCCUUGCCGCGGCUACCUCAGCAGCCGAAUUUGACAACCAGCGUAACCCAAGAUCGUUAUCAGCAGCUUUACUCGUCGUCUCUUCCUCAUUGCUUAGUUAUAAUGGACAAGAAGUAUCAGCAGCCUUUCAACUCAAAGGGCCAGGCUACUGACUCGAAGAAAAGUCAAGACCUUGGUGCAAAACAACUCCCAAAGUCAUCUCGCAGGCGUGAACCACCUAGAGCAAGUAAUUUUUCAAAAAAUGAUCAGCCAAGGAAGUCCAAUACACAGAAAACAAAAGUUUUUGAUAAGAGACCAAAACCCAAAGGACAGUAUUAUGACGGUCCAAAGGAGGAAUCCAAGGUAGCUGAUACUGAAGCUGAGCUUGGCUCAGUUAUGGUUCAAGGUAGUAAAAAGCAGAAUAAAAAUGGAAAUCAUCUGCUGAAUUUUAAAUUAGCUCCUCGUCACACUUUAGGAGGAUCAAAUAGCUACAAUGUCCACUACUACAACCGCUGGCACUCGUAUGCUCAGCGCCACAAAUAUGAUAAAGAUCAAUUUUUACAGGCAAACUGCCAAUUUGUCGUAACUGCCAAUGGAGACUAUUCUCAAUAUUUAAUCAACGAAGAAAAUAAUGUUGAUAAACUGAUCGAUUGGGAAUUAAUUCAACAAAUCAGAAUACAAAGUUCCGAGAACUUAUCUUGCCCGAUUUGCUUGUAUCCUCCUGUUGCUGCAAAGAUGACACGAUGUGGUCAUGUAUACUGCUGGCCAUGUAUUCUUAAAUAUUUAUCACUGUCUGAAGAACCUGGUCCUAAAUGCCCUGUUUGUUACUACUCUGUUUAUAAAGCUGGUUUAAAAAGUGUAAAAAUUAUAAUUAAUGAAGAUACUCUCAAUAUUGGAAAUGAAAUAACCCUUCGUUUAAUGCGUCGUGAAAAAAAAUCAUUAAUUUCAAUGCCAGUUGGUGAUACUGAGAUUCCAGUACCAGCUCAGUUUUUAUCAAUUUCUGAAAAGUCUUGCAAAGAAGCUUAUUCAAAAUUACUUCUAGCUCAAGAAAAAGAUAUCGAAGACAUUAUAAAUUUAGAACAAGAAGAAUUAGAGAACGAAUUGUCUAUUGAAAAAAAUUUGUAUCCUGACUCGCAUACUAUACCUUUUAUUGAACAAGGUUUGAAUGAGUUAAAAGAUCGUAAAGAACUCAUAAAGACUAUUUAUCGAAAUGAGAAUAAGUUUCGUAAACUUGCAAUCAAUGAACUUGCAAGCGAUUGUGAAAAUCAAGAAAAUUUAUGCAAGAACGCCGAAAGUGAAUUUAAAGUCGGAGAAAAGGAUUUUUAUAACGAAUAUGCCUCUUCUUCUGAUCCCGAAAUUGCAGAACCUCCUAAAUAUCAUUACUUUUACCAAGCUGAGACUGGCCAAAAUGUCUAUCUUUUGGCUAUGAAUGUGAAGAUGUUAGAGAUGCAGUAUGGUAGCUUGGAAAAAAGUCCUUUAAAAAUAUCCGGCACUCUCCUGCAAAGAGAAGUGGGUAGCAUCGAUGAAGAAAGAAGAGGUAAAAUGCGCUAUCUUGCUCAUUUACCAGUUACGAGCCAGUUUGAGUUUGUAGAGAUAGACUUGGGAUCAUUUGUUUCCGACGAAGUUUUAAGAUCUUUCCAAAGUCAAAUAAAUUCUCGUCAGUCCAAAAGAAAGAAGCAGGAACGACAAGAGCGUAGACGCGAAAAAAAAAUUACUGAAGAGGAGAAUAUAAAGAUCAUGGGCAAAUAUCCAUCUGCCAAUGUGCACAUCGAUUCGCGCAAACAUUUUCCUCAAUUUCAACCUGAGUCUGAACUAGACGAGUACAUACCAUCGUCCCAAGCGGAAUCAAUUGCUUCAAGCCUUGCAGGCAGCCCAUCAACAAACAAUUCUUUUGAUGAACUCAUGGCUGCAGCUGGAGGAGAAAUUAACAGCUGGUCAUCACUUAACAGUCGAAGCCAAUCUUUUGCACAAAUGCUACAAAACAGCGGACCACGAAAAUCUUUUACUUGGUCGCCACUGAACACUUCUGCAAGAAAGUCGCAAGUUGGAUCAUUGUCAAUUAACACUCAACCAGAAGUCAGCGCCGAUCCUGAUAUGGAAGAGUACUUACCUCCGACUUUUAAUCAAAGUUUGAGUGACGCUGUUGUACGAGCCCUUGAAAAUAAAGAUUUGAUGAGCCAAGAUGGUGCAGGGAAUGAUGGCACUCCAGGCAAAAAGAAAAAAAAGAAGUCAAAAGCAACCGUAUUGUUCGCCACUAAUAUGGCUAGGGCAUCUUAAUUUUUAUUAAAAAUAAUUUGGAUAUUCUAUUCGCAAUUUUUUAUUUUUUAAAAUUUUACUGAUGCUUUAUUCCGAAAGAUUUUCUGAAUUUAUUGACUUGAACACGAUUACUAUGCAAGGUUAUUAUCAUAUUAUUUGACUUACUUUGUUUAUGAUAAAUUUAAGUAAAAGUGCAUUGCCAAAUGAAA